CAUCUCACUCCUCCUUGCAAGUUUUGAAGGAAUAGAAAAAGACACCUUUUCGCUGCAGUAUAUGUGUAGUACUAUCCACACGAGCACUGAACGUUCUGAGAGAGAUCUUUUUCCAAUUUUGCCAGGUGCAGUUCAACACGACGGUGGUGGGGCGUGUAGAUUGAUGAGGAAUCCUGGUGAGUCUGAGCGGCCAGGUAUCAACAGCGGCAGCCCGAAACAUCGACGGCGAUACAACCAUCUGGCCAGCAGCACAGCGAAGAAAGAGGUCAAGGAAGUCAAUCAGCCACCACAAUAAAAAUGGUGAUUAAGAGGAACCCCGAUGCUCUCGAAGACAUCGAGAUGCCAGACUCUUCCGUUUCAUCCGAAGAAGAGUCGGCCAGUUCUAUUUCCAACGCCGAGGAAUCCAGCAUACGCAGUAGCAGCACGAGCACCCAUCUCGAUCAAAGCAGCAUUCGCAGCGGUAGUAGUGUCAAUCUUGAUCACAGCAGCCUACAAAGUGGCACUGCAUCACUGCUCGACGUUGGAGCCUUCACCGCUACCUCUGUCACCCAGCACUACUCGACACAAGUAGGGUCAGCGCCUCAGAAUGCUGCUCCUGGUACGAAAGAAGCAGAUGACAUGUUCAACUUGGCACGGCACUAUCAAAGUGCAACAGGUCCCGCUAAUAGAAAUACAAAGACGACAGCUUUCACCGCUCAGGGCUUCUUUGCCCCGAGCGAGACGUUCGAUGUGGACCAAUCGGUGAAUUUCAUGGAUCACAAUCGGGCAAACUACACGCCGCCUCCACCAAGACUUUCAACUGCUCGAAGUCGUUUUCAACGAAAUCGUGGGUCCACAGUCCGAGGAUCGUCGUUUGCGUCGUUUGUGUCUGUCUUUUUGUCGGGCCGUACCGGAGUGGGAAGUGCCGGAUCGGGAGAUACCGGAACGGGAGUUGAACGAAGUGAAGAGGAAGAAGACAAACCCAGCAUUUGGCCCCGGCUAGGUGCGUGGUUCGUCAUUCUUCUGAGCUUUGGGUUGGCUGCAGCCUUCUUGGCGUUGUCAGUACCCCACUUGUCGAAAAGAUCUUUUUCGAAUGGGCCGAGUGACGAGGAGGAAGCGAGGAAGCGCCACCAAGCUAUCCAUGGGGCAGUGUUGGCCAGUGGGCUAACGCACCCCAGGGAUUUGGAUAACUACAACGCCAGCCAGUUCUAUGCACUUCAGUGGUUGACUGAAACAGAUCCAGCCAAGUUGGAAGCAGACGAUCCUGGGCUGCCCAAACGCUAUGCCUUAGCAACCUUCUAUUACUCCAAUCACCCCGAGAUUGCCUCGGAUCACAGCAAAGGAACGCUCAGACGGUUGUCUUCUGGUUGGGAGCACCAAGCUAAUUGGAUGACGCGAUCAGAUAUAUGCCACUGGUACGGGAUUAUCUGCGAAACUGUCAAUCAACACAACAAGGAUGUGGUCCAUUGGAAUAUGACAGCCAACAAUCUCAAAGGAUCAAUCCCGUCGGAAAUCGUCGCCCUUUCGAACCUAGUUUCACUGGACUUGUCCUCCAACAGCCUGUCCGGGACACUUCCUACCGUGAUUUAUGCCAUGCCUUUUCUCAAGGAUCUGAUGCUGAGCGACAACGCACUGAAUGGAACAAUCUCUGACGAGAUUGGCUUCUUUUAUCCAGCCGAAACAAUUGACUUGUCUAAAAACGAACUGCAAGGGAGCUUGCCUGCAUCAAUCAACAGGGGGGCUGUCAACUUGAGACUUCUCAAUGUGGCAGACAAUGAUUUAAAAGGAACCCUCCCUGACAUCACGAGACUGACAAAGCUUUCUCACCUCUUAUUGAAUGAAAACAAGUUUGAAGGGCAGUUUCCCGUCUCUCUGACCAGCAUAUCUAGCAUUGUUCAAAUCAACAUGGAGAACAACAUGCUGACUGGAUCUCUCCCGCCUGAGAUCAAAGAGUUGUCAAAUCUUGAAAUCUUGGCAUUGGGCCACAACAGUUUCAAUGGGGCAAUCCCUGACGUUCUCGGGGAACUUCACAACCUUACCGAGAUCCGACUGCAGAAGAAUUUGCUCGAACACAAGCUUCCGGUGUCUCUUGGCAAGCUCUCAAAGCUCAAAACGCUGAUGCUAGAUUCCAACAAGCUCAUUGGAUCUAUACCAGACAAGUGGAUGGACAUGGUCGAGCUAGAGGCCCUCAUUCUGCACAAGAACGCUUUGACAGGCUCCAUUGCAUCAGACAUGGGGAGGCUUGUCCACCUGCAAGAUCUCUGGCUGAAUAAGAAUCACAUCACCGGAACGUUGCCAAGCCAACUAGGUUUGCUAACUGACCUCGUCACUUUGUAUCUUGAGCACAACGAUAAGUUGGAAGGGCCCGUUCCUACAGAGCUUGGCAAUCUCAAUGCACUAGAGGCACUUCGAAUGGCCAAAACAGCGCUGACCGGUGUCGUCCCAGAAGAAGUGUGCAGGUUGAAAAUGAAAUUCGAGCUAGUAUUUGUCUCGGCAAGCUGUAACAGUCUGCGGUGUAUCUGCUGCGACAAAUGCUCAUGACCAGACGACAUCCAGAUGCCUUCAGGCUGGGGACGAUCACCAAAGCUUUCCUUUUCUUGGGUGACGUAAAUCAACUCUGUACGAAUAUGUUAUAACUCUUUCGAUAACUGCAUGAAUCUUUUGCUAGAAUUGUGUGACAACGUCUCACAUCGAUGCGCACACUGCCGA